GCAGCAACCCUGCGCACCAACCAGCAGAUCGAGCGAGCACCAGACAUCUGCAGGACUGUGAAGUUAUUGGCUGGGCGGAGCUUUGUGAAAGGAAAAAGCUGACGGCCGGGUCGUGCUUUCAGCUCGAGCCUACCGUGGCAGCUCCUCCAUGCGAGCUGCAGGGGCCCCAUGGGGCACCCGCGCAGCUGCGCCCAGCAGCAGGGAAAAUUUUGACCUUGACCUCCGGAGAGCUGCACAUCACCGGGCAAAUUCAGAUGACUUCGCUCCGCCUGCAAGCCAAGACUGUGAACUUUGCAGAUGCUCACGUGGAAUCGUGGCAUGAAGGUCCAUCCGAUCCGAACUCAAACGCGCAUGGUGGUGCCUUUUUAAGCAACGGGUCAAUCACUUUGACCAGAUCCCGUCUGACAGCUCCUUGGACUUGGUUUUUAAUCUGGUGUUUGAUCUCUUGCGUCAGAAAGGAAUUAUUGAAACUGCAUGGUCUAGGAUAUUGGAUAACUUGA